AUGGCCGUUUCGUCUCUUCUCCCUACGACAUCCCCACUCUCACUCUCACUGCCACCAUCUUCAUCUUCAACCAGACGCGAUAAUAACAAUAAUAUUCAUCGCGUUUCAUUUUUACCCAUCGCGUACCCUAAACUCUCUCAUUCAAUUUCAACCACAUUAUUUUUUGCCAAAUCGCGUCCCCACAACGUAGAAAUCGUAGUCGACGAAGACGAUCCCGGAGAUGAGUUCAUCACUCGUUUCAGGAGAGAGGUUUUUAGGGUGGGAGUUUUUCAGGAGUGCAGACGCAGAAGAUUCUUCGAGACUCCAAUUGAUAAGAUCAAAAGGAAACGCCGACAAGCUGCUAUGAGAAAACGUAGAUGGAGAAAUGUUAGAACUCGAAUAACGGAUGAAUCUGAUUCUUCAAAUCAGGAAAAGGUUGAUGAUGAUGAUGAAGAGGAUAAUUGGGACCUAUCAGAUGUAGAUUUUCCUUUUAUUUGA